AUAAAACAUCAAGCGUAAAUUUCUCAAAACAAACAAGAUUAACUAGCAGAGAAUUAGUGCUAGGGAUGCUAAGGUUGUGCUAGACACGGUCAAUUGCGCUACAGAAAGGACUGGGCUUGAAUGCGCCAUAUUUGGCUGAGGUGGCCACAAUGGUGGACAGUCAAAAUUUGAUUACUUCUUCGAGUUUGUCUUGUGACCAACAGUUUGGGGCGAAAAUCUCCGAAAUGCGACGGAUUACAACUACUUCAUGAUCAUGGAUUCUAGAUAUACCUCUCUUGGCGAACUUGGACAAAGCACUUCGCUUUACACAGCACACAAUCGCGACACAAGUCAAGCAAAUGAUCCUUACAGAAAACGAACUUCAAUCACACUCGAUGAGAACUUGUCCAGGUUGUUCGAGUGCAUGAGGCUGGAAUAUGGAACGUAAGUGGACUCAGAUGCUUUUUUAACCUUUCCAACAUUUUCCGAGUUUUCUUAUGGCUCUAAUCGGGGGGUCGCUGUUGUUGUAAGUCCUCCAUUAAUUCGCAUAUUAAUAAGGUUUUGAACGAUAGUUUCCUAUAACAAUUGAACGAAGUUCAAAGCGUUUUAAUCAGAUAGCACAAAUUAACGAAGAGAUUAAUAGAAUUAAAUACCGUUAAAUUUUGUUUCCUUUGCGUUAAAGCAAUCGAUAUUCUCUCUUUCACUGAAUAACUGCAUGCGUUCGUGACGAUUGUGUUUAGAUGUAUAACCGUGUAUUACACAUGUUUGGUAUUUGUAUUCUUUUUCACUGUAACAGUUUGAGAAUGUAUGACUAUGAAAAUCGUCUUUCGAGUUUUUGUCGAUAGAACUUGAUAAUCUUUUUCAUUCCUGAGAAGCUCUUCCAUGUUUGUGUCUCAUGUUUUCAUUCAAGAUCACAAUAUUGAUAAUUUGGACACUUCAACAAUCAAACUGUUAGAAAGGAAAUGCUUUGAUUUGUUUUUAACAAAGUCAGUUACUUUCUAAAACUCGAUCUAAAAAUUUGGGUCAAGGCCUAUGAAGUUCGUGGGAUUUUGGAGAAAGUGUCCCUUAAGUGUAUCCCAUCUUGUGCUUUCAACUCAAGAUUCUCUGAAUUUUAACUGUUCACCAAUUACCUGUUAGUAAAAAAAGAAAUAUACAUUAAAGUUCACAUGGCAACCAGGUGGACAAUCAGACACGGUUUGAUGCUACUCUGGUUUACAGAUUUAAUGAAUGUAACCAAAGAAGUUUACCGUCUAUGAAUUGUAACUUCUUCGGUUACAUUCAUUAAAUCUGUAAACCAGACUAGCAUCAAACCAUGUCUACCUGUUAGUAGUUAGGAUGAACAUGUAAUAUCAUUUUACCAUGGUAGAAUGAAGAGAAAUGCACAGCCUAACUUGAUGCAAGGCCUAAACAGGAGAACCAACUUGCUAGCUGACAUAGAUGUUGAAAAUCAUGAGGAAUCUUAGUAUUUUUGUUUAGAAUGUUUUUGCUUAUUUAUUUUCUCUGAACAUUGGAACACACAACCUGGUUGUUGCUUUAUAAUCAUUUGGCCAUGCGGUUUGCCUAGUCCUCAAAAUUAAUAGCUUUCUAGUUGUGUAACCAAAAUUAAAACACCUUGCAGCUACAUGAGCAUUAAACUGUCCAUCUUCUACAGGCUGAUGUGAUUGUUUUUGGUGGUUUGUUGUAAGAGAUGUCCAUAGCUAAUUAGAUACACUAGUCUGCUACAGAUGUAACAAGGAUUUUUUUGUUCCAUAAGUGUUACCUAAGACUGCCUCUUUCCUUCCUGUUAACCCAAUACACAUGUGGCAAAGUUUGGUGUGGUGCUUAAAAGACACUUGUCUAUGAACACAGGAUAGCCAGGAUUACAUUUAGACAACAGCUGUGACUCUCUCACUAUUCUUAAGAAUGCCAAGGCUUUUAUCAAUGUUUUAGAAAGAUUCUUUUGAGAAUUUAUACCAACAUACAACAGCAUGCAUAAAUUAGUGUCAAAUGGUAUUACUUAUUUAAUGUAAAGUAAGGUCGUUUUUGUUUUGUAGCAUGGUAUUGGAAUUUUUCUUUUAUCUCUACACAUAACUAGAGGCGAAGGAAACAGAGGAAAAUCAACCUCAAUUAAUAUUUGUAUUUAUAUGAAAAAAAGUUGGUCUCUAGUUUUCAAAGCUACUUUCAUUCUAAAUCCUGUAAAAACUAGUGUUUCUGCCUUAAGAAAAUGUAUGUGAAAAACCUUAAUUUUGUGUAUUCAACCAAGUUUCCUGAGCUCACAGAUAUACAUGUUGAAUAUAUAUUAUGAGAAGCUUUCUCAAUGGAUACCUCAGGGGUGUCAGUGAGCUUUGAAGUAGACAGAAAAACUACAAAGUAGGAGGCUAAUGAAAGUUCAAUCUUCACUUUAAUAUUGAUAAUUUCAAAGAAAUAGGCAGCCAUUUUGCCAAGUUUCCGGCUCUAAUUGAAACCACCACUAUCUUAAUAUUUAUUCCCCCCUCCUCCCCCCCCCCCUCCCAGUACCCCACAAUUUCAGGGGCACUGUAAAAAAUUGAAAGUGAUAUUGUCUAGUAAUUGGAGCUACAUCUGACAGAGUCACAUUCUUAUUUCUGUUCAGGGGAGGCUUUCUAAUCUCACCAAAAUGGAAGAACUUCAGAAGCCAGAAGUUACAGUUUGCUGAAAAGACACGAUUGAACAAUGCAAUUUGGAGAUGUUGGCAUAUCCAAUGUGAGUAUAAAAAGUAUGUUUUUCAAAAGAUAAAUAGAAUUGAAUGUCUCACAAUGUGGUCACUUUGGAUGUGGAUCAGAAUGCUAGUCUUCUUCAGGUGAAGAGGUUGAUUGAGUUCACAUCACCCUUUUACUGUUGUGCUCAGCUGUGAUUGGAUGCAUCUGUCGACAUCCAGGCUUCUGGGAUUUCAACUUCACUGUCCCUGUUGAUGUUGUUAGGGUAAAGCCUUAGGUGAAUUGCCUCUUUCACCCAUGUACUUCGUUCCAGAGCAGGCAGUGUUCAGUGUUGUGGGUGUGCUCUGAAAUGGUGGAGGUCUGUGUCUAAGCAAGUCGCAUACCCUUGUUGUGUUCCUUGAUUCUCUCCUGCAGAGGUUUGCCAGCUUCACCGAUGUACACCUUCCCACACUCACAGGGAAAUUCUGUUUAGGCCAUCCUGGUUAACCAGGUCAACAGCAUCCUUUGGGUUCACUAGUUGUGAUCAUAGGGUAGUCUCUGACUUGAAAAUAGUGCGUUCGCCUUGUUGUUGUAGACAGCAGCAAAGUUGUUUGGAGAGGGCUGUGACAUAGGGCAGGACUGCAGUGGAUCUGAACUCCGUAGGGGGAUCAGUGCUGGCUGUCUUGGUUUUUGUUACCCUUUGUUCGAAAGAGGAGGGAUAACCAUUAGCAACAAGAAUGGAUGACAGAUGUUUCUUCCAUCGGAAAUAAUGGAGGACUUUGUUAUGAGACAUUUUGCAUGCUUCUAAAGGCACUUUACAAUGCCACACUCUACUGAUAGAGAUGGUGUUUUUAGUCUUGAAGGAUGUCUCAGAUAAAGCCAGCGACUGAUGAUAUGUGUUUUCUGUCUACAGAUUCCAAGGGGAGGCGACCAUUGUUUUGUCAAUUUGUCAAUCCGCUUUCUGAGGAAAAGGAGCCCUUUAAGAAGAAACCCUUUGUGAGUUUUUUUUUUUAACACAUUGCUUGAUUGUAACAAAAACAGCGUUAUCUGGGAUUGAAUUGUAGCUCUAAAAACCAUAAUGGAUGUGGUUUUUUUCCUCUUCAAUGAAGCUGAAUAUUUUUUAACUUUCAAAACUAGCGUAUCAAAAUUUAACAAAAAUGUAAUUCUGAUCAAAUGUUCUUUGUAUGGUAGCAUUAACUGGAUGUACUUUCUUUCACUCUAAAGGCUGUUAUACUUGAGGGUCGCUAUUGGAGGAGAAAGUUGGAAGCUGUAGCCAGGGAGUACAAAAAACUAAGAAUAUAUUACAAAAAGGUUUGUGAAUUGUGUUUAUUAGCCCUUGAUUAACAUUAACUUUUCCUCAUGAUAUCCAUGCUUUUCCCAAAAAAGAGGAAAUGAGGACACUCGAACUUAUCAGAUGGAAGUUGUUAUCUUGACUCAUUUCUAGCAAGUAAUUUACCAGGAAAUGUUCAGCAUCUUCAUGGGGAAAUUAAUUAAUCACACAUUUUAUGUCUCCUCAAAUAUUCAUAUUAUUAUUAUCUCUAAUGCAUAGUCUUCUUUUCCGCUUUUCUUUUCAGUGGUCAAAUUCUCCUGUAAAUACCAGUCCACUUUCUCAUUUGAGCCUACGGGUAUGUUGAAGAAUUUUGCCACUUUUUAGUCAUAAGAUCUAUUGUUGACAGAACCAUCAGGAAUGUACAUUUUGAAUGCACAGAACUAAUGUGAAACCUUUAAACCAAUGUAACUUUCUUACUUCUAUAUUUAAAACCUUAGUUGAUUUUAAGAUUUCUUUUGUGGCUUAAUUUUAGGCACAGCAGAUUGAUCAAGAGAUUGCUCAGAAGCUUGAGGAAAAAGAGAGAAAAAGAAAGAGGUUUGUACAGAGGACAUUUCUGCAGUGUUACCUGAUAUUGGAUUUCUAAUGCAAGAUCACUCUAUAUGGUGUGACUAAAACACUAAAAUUUUUCAAAUUUUUAAAAAUACGAAGUUUUAUGCACUCAGUUAAAAACCAGCUUUUUUGCUUGCUUAAGUAUUAUAUGAAAAGCUUUAUGUAUCUCCAAUUAGCUCAUAUAGUUAAAGUGUUUUAACACUGGAAUAAAGUUCAUCAUAAUUAUCUUAUCUGGUGGUAUGCAUGGGUGAAAAAUGUUCCAAAAAGAAGCAUUUUUUAUUACUGAGGUUGAGGAUUCUGUCACAAAGUGGAGAUCAUCAUCAGGUUAAUGUAUUUCUUCACUUCUCAUCAGCUGUUUGCCUGAUGAUGUAUUUGGUAUUAUCAACUGAGUUGAUAACGUAAAUUGGUCACCGUAAUGAGUUUCAAAGCUGACAUUUUGAGCAUUAGCUCCCCUUUUCACUCUGAGAAAGGGCCAAUGCUUGAAAGAUCAGCUUUUGAACUCUUAAUACAGAGGCCAAUUUACAUUAUCAACUCAUUUGAUAAUACUAAAUUCCCCUGUUUUACUCUCCCUUCAACACAGCACCACAAUUUCUUUAGAAACUUAUCCUCUUAAUGGAUGUGUUGAUAUAGUUUGCAGAAAUAUCUUGUUGGUCUUUGUGAGUGCCUUAUUUGAUCUUUUCCAGGACAAUAAGCUCAGACAGUGGAGAUGAGAACCUCUUCACUAUUCCAGCUGCCCCAGGCAGCAAUGCUCAAGUAGAUCACAUGCUAAAUAUUAUGGACACAGCUUUUAAUGAUGGUAAUACUAUUCUGCUGCCUUUUUUAACUAUUCGUUUUGAUUUUUCUCAAAAUAUGUAUUUAUCUUGUGUUAUUUAUACACUUGUAAUAUGUAAUUAAAGGAAUGAAAUUUAGCUGAUCCCUGAGGGGGUGGCAAGGGGAAUGUACAUGACACCUGAUCAAGGUCAAUUGAUAUGUGAAAUGUGAAUUUUACAGAAAGGCAUGUGUGAUUCAUGAAUUGCUAUCUGAAUUAUAUGUGACCUGUGACUUUUUUCUUUCAUUUGGUGAAAACUUCAAGAUUUCCCUUGAAACCUUACUCCUAAUAAGAGAAAUUUUUAUGCACAUAAUGCAUGAAUUUUUUCUGAAAUUUUUGCAUGAAACAUGAUCAGGACCUUCCCCCCCCCACCUCCUUUGCUACCCUUCUUUGAUACUCAUCUCUUUAAUAAUUUGUAAACCAUCUAAUUAUCCCAAGGAGUUGAAUAAUUAAGGUUUGUUUUUUUUUAUUUUUUCAUAGACUUAGCUUUGUCUGCUCUGCCCGACACACUUUUCACUUCUCGUCAAACCAACUUUGGAGGAGCUGUAAUUCCACAAGAAGCCCUUCAACAACAGCCACUGUCUCACAGAGCAAGAGGUUAAAAACAAUCUUUAUUCUAUAUAGCUUAACAAUACACAAAACUCGAUGCUUUCCAAAGCAAAAGCUAACAGGACAUCUCCAAUUAAACAUGGCAUUUUGUAAUUUUACCACAAACAGAAUAUUACAAACAUGAAGAUGCAAUUUUAGCAGUUUAUGAAUAUGUGUGGUAUUUGCAAUCAGUGAACACUUUUAUUCCCAAGAUCUCAUUAGUAAUUCUCCUUACUGUGUGCCAUACAAUUCUUGUAAUGUUAGUUUGAAGAAUUUGGUAUUGGAUCAACAUAAUCCUUUUAUUGAUAUUUUUCUUUAUUCUCCUCACUUGUCUGCUUGAUAAUGUAAGGAGAAACUCUGUCUUGGUCGCUCAUGGGAGUUUUAGGGUUAAAUUUAGUUUUAUUACUUUCUCUUUAGAAGCAUCAGAUGUUUUUCAAGUUCCAACUCUAGAUAGCUUGCAGCCAAAUUUAGACGAAUUUAUGGAGCAUUUUGAAACUCUUACUGGUAAGAUCCUUAGCCAAGUUAGGACUAAAAAUAGUAUCCACUUCUUUCUAACUACAUGCGCGGCAUUUAGAAAUGUCAAUAACCCGGCAUAGAGUGCAGUUUUCAGUUUAGGAAUUGCGGUGAUAUUGCUUGCUUUGCCCUCUGAUUGGUCUGAAAAAAUUAAAAGAUUAAAAGUAACACAACAUAUUUACUUGCGUUUUCCCUAGCUUCAUGCUAUUCGUUUUUAUUUGAAUCCUCAUUGGCUCCUUGGGAUUUUUCCUUUGUUCUAAUUGGCUGAUGUGAUGUCUUUGAUUUUGGUAUCGAGACACCCAGUCUAAAAUCACUUUAAGUAUGAUUCAGUGCUAAUUGCAAGAUGCUUUCAUUUUUGUAGGAAUGCUUGUGAAACAAGCUGAACAUGCAGCAAAUCAACCAAGUUACGUACAGCAGGGUGACUACCAUCAGCGCCAGGCCGUUGCUCCUGCCCCACCAAACGCCACAGUGUAUGUGAACCAAGGUGACCCAUAUGAGUCAACUGCAUCAGGACAAGAGGAGGUUAUGGAUCAUUCGGGGGCUUAUGAAUCUGUCACACAAGAAAUGUUCCCAACCCAAACAGUGGACAAUUCUCAGUUGCGUCAACAGGUCAUGCAACCAGAUGGACAAGUACUCAUGGACAUUUCCAGUGCCAAUCCCACAGUGGAAUUCACUUAUGACUACGGGAAUGUGCUGCAAGGAGGAAGCUUCACUUCACAACUUGACCCAAGCAUACAUGUGCAGAACAAGCAGCAGGUUGUUACAUCACCCAGACUAGCUUCCCCUGUUGAACAGCCUCAGCUGCCACCCUACCCAACAUCGCCACCGCAGCAUCAUCAGACUCCGCUGGAGGAAAUUCAGAUUCAAGCUCAACAGCUUCAGUCUCGUGGUAAUAAUGUUCUCUCCCCUACCAACCAGUUUGUUGGUAAUGUGGAUCCCUUUAACACGGCCAGGCAAAUGGAUGCCUCGAGCCAACAGAGGAAGGGGCGGUUGCCUAGGAAUGUGUCUGAUACACAGUUAUAUACAAUGGACUUGUCUCAACUGGGGACAUCUCUCCACACAAAUUUGUUUCCCUCCAUGGAAAGUAAUUUACCACCACAGCUGGAAGCCCCCAAUUUAGCGGCACAUUUGCAGUCCAUACAGCCCCGCACAAGGAUCCCUUCCUUACCAACAGCCUCUAAUGCCAAACGGGUCCGUCUACCGAGAAACAUGUCUGACUCUAAACUGAGCAGUUUAGCGAGCAUGUCUAGAAGUCCGACAUCACCUCCAUCGCUACCCACAGUGCAUUCGUCGGAGAUAGCAAACCAACCGUCACAUCCAGCCCCAAAUCCAACACAUCACUCGGGAAGGAAAAAGCGAGGAGGAUUUCCUCGUAUCAUGUCAGAUUCAUCUUUGUUGAGUUUAGGUCAACAGCCGCACCAACGCUUACCUCCAGCUCCGGCAGCAGCGCCAAGUACAUCGCAGCGCAGACGAAAGAUGUCUACUCCAGAGCAUCUUGGAAACACUGUGGCAGCACUGUCAUCUCAGUCACCAACAUUCGCCAGCACUGCAGAUACACCGCAGUUAACGGGGAGCCUUACUACAAAUGCAAAUCUUUUGGAACAGUUGUUAUUAGCACCUGUGGCUAAUCCAACCCCAGUUGCUUCUGAAUCCUACCAAACAAACAGCUCCGUUUUAGGUCAGCUCCUCACUCAGCCAUCCCCUUCUAAUGCUGCAGUGCCCAUGCAAACAAGAGAUACUGGUAAUGUGAGUGGUACACAAGACCCUUCUCUGCUGAAUCAGCUUUACCAGUUGAAACAAGUGUUACAGAAACAAAGCGUCCCAACAGAGCUUGUUAAUGCAUUGAGUACCUUAAGUAACGCAGGAACGACGCAAGCGACUCAGCACAAACAAGAACAGCCGCAGGCUGUUCAACAUAAAACUGCUCCUAUGCAGCCAUCACUUCAGAUGAAACCCCAAAAUCAAAAUGUCAUCACCCAAGCGUUGCAGUCCUUGUUGCGAGCACCGCCCAAUGUAGCUAUUCAACCCACGACGUCCAGCAAACCAACAACACCAGUUAGUAACUUUACUUCACAAUCGCCAUUGCAAGCCGCGUUGAUCACAUCAAACAGCGCACCGGUUCCAACGGUCACCAUCAAGCACACGCCCUCAAAUAAAGUUCCUGUGCCAGCUGUGAAUCAAAAUGUGUUGCCGCAGGCGGCAGUUAUUAUCUCCCCACAGGGUAAUCUGCAAACUGUCCAAGAUACACCUACUGGACAAAUGGGGGGAGUACCCGAGGUAUCAACCUCAUCCAUGCCGCAGGUAGUGAAUGUUGGACAUCCUACAGUUCAGGGGCAGAGGAUUCUUUUACCAGCGAGUGUUAACCUGAGCACAUUGUCUUUAGCACAGCUAGGUCUUUCACCCGCAACGCUUCAGUCGGUGAGUAGCAAAUUCUUUAUUGAUGGGAUAUUAUAAAGUAGAAAUCGUUGUUGAAGACGAGUGAUUAGAAGAAAGACUAGCGUGAACGUCUUGGCAAAGUGUGCCAAUUGAAUGCAAUUAAUUGACGCUCGUCUUUGUGGAAGCUACGAAACGGAUUGUCAAUAUUAUGUCCCCAUUUUUCAACACUCCAUUCGCCUUUUAACAGCGCAAGCGGGUUUCUUAAAGUAUUUAUCAUGUAUUUUGAUCUUAGACCUCAGCGGAAUUUGAACUUGUGCCGUUGCUGUAUAAGCUUAUAUUUCACGUUGUCCUUUUCAGUCUAAAUAUUCCAAUGGAUAACUUGCUGAGUGGGCAGAGUUCUAAUUUUUUACGCUGUUAUGUGCCACUUAGGUUACUGUUCCUGUACCAUCAAGCGCUGUCAAUAGUUCCUCUCCUCUACAAACAGUUGCGACUAUGAGCGCUGGAGCCAAGAAUUCAAUGGGUGAGUUACAUACUUUUUUUUACGAUCAAUUUUUUCUUUAUCAUGAUUUGAGUGUGUACCUUUUACAAAACGGUAACAAUAUCAGGAAUUGUGGUUAAAUUCAGGAGACAAAUUUGAGCUUUCUUUCCCUCAGCUGUUGCAGUGUCAACUACUGGUCUUGUGACUGAAUCUCAGGACACAGGAGGAAUGAGGCCAACAAAAACGCCUGUAAGUGGAACGAAUAAUCAAUUCAACAUACGGCUGGGAACACGCCUCAGAGUAGCUUGUUCCAGGUGUUUAGUUAGUAAAUUGGGUGACAAGGCGAAAAGGGAAAGAGGUUUGGGACAGGUCUCAUGAGCCGCCCCAAGCCCACGCGACCCUGUCCAAGCCUCUCUCCUAUUUUCGGUCUGCUCUACUACCGCGCUUCAAUUGCCAUCUGGACGCCUUAAACAGACCAGCCCCAAGUAAUUAAAUCACUAGGACAAAAUUAAGCUGAAUACUUUUGACAAAACAAAACCUGUCCUGUUUUUCUUAGCACAUUAGUCAAGUUGCUGGUCCAUUUACUUAGGAUUCUUUUUUGCCAAAGAGAGGUACAGUGAGUCGGGUGAAAAGUUUUCCUCAAGAAGACAACACAGAAGCACCAGGUUUCCACCCAAAAAAUCAUAAAUCUGUAAACGAAGGGAUAAAUUAAUGUCUAAAGGUUAAGCAGACAGACAGAUACCUUUUGAGUGUAGAAAAAUUAUCGACAUUGUAUGUCAUUUUUGAAACCAAGUUUCUUUUAUUUUAGCCGCCUGCCAAACAGACAAGACCUGUAACUGCAGAACAGCGGGAGCAGUACAAGGUAAGUUAAACUGUUAGAACGUCAUGUGAGAUUUGUUGUGAGACUUUAUACUGUAUACUGCACAAGUAUUUCUUCUCAAUUAGUCAUGCAUAUGUAAAGUCUCGAUAACUGAGCCUACCAACUCCACAGUCAUCUGUCGGAUUACAUUUGCUAUUUCACUGAUGCUUUGCCAUCGUCUCGCAAAAGUGAGCAAAUAAGUGAAUUCCUUAUCUUGACUUUACUUCCGUGCAAAGUGUGAAGAUAAAGGAAUUUAGUCCUAUCAUGAAAUUGUAUCGGUCUCAGCAAUUUAUUUAACACUGUGAUUUGUUUGAUAUAAAUUGAUGUGUAAGGCUUUUUUUCGCUCUGUCAGGAACACAGACGAAUUUCGCACAUAACAGCGGAACAGAAAAGACGUGGUAAUAUUAAAGUAAGUGGAGAUGAAAAAGGGUUGGUCGGUUUGUUAGCUGCUGACUUUCUCGCUCAGUCACUCAACCAGGCAAUCGUCAGGCACUGAGCUCAUUUAGUCUGUCAGCCAGUCAGUCAUCCUCCAGUUCUUGGUUUAUUCCUUCUACUUUGUAGGUGAUUGUACUAAAGUCUAUAAAAUCUUACAGUGAUAAUAACGCAUAGUUAUCGGUUUGCUUCUGUCCAGAUGGGCUUCGAUCAGUUGAUGUCACUUGUUCCGUCACUUGCCAGUCAAAGGAAUUCCAAAGUUAGCAAAGCCACAGUUCUGCAGAAAAGUAAGUCUCGUUUAUACUUACUUUAGAGUGCCGUUCGAUUGGCUCUCAUAUACCAAAACCAAAGUAAUCGCAACAGCCAAUGAGAACGAAGGAAAAUACCUUAAAGAGCCAAUGAGAACUCAAAGUAAAAACAAGCAAGCUACCUAAGCGCGGGAAAACGCGGGCGAUCAAGUCGUGACUAGUUUUACUUUUGCAUCUGAUUGGUUGAGAGAGCGGUGCAAGUUUUCUGGACCAAUCACAAACCGAAAUAAAGCAAAACCUAAUUAAUCCCAGACAUUACCUUGCAUAUAUUACUUCUCAGUUUCUCACAACAUUUGUUGUGGAACUUAAUAAAUUCUCUCUAAGAAAUCGUCACUAACUCAGUUUUACAAGUCAUUAAAUCAGGCAUAUUGUUAUAUGGUCGGCAUUGUCUUGUGGUAUCGAGGUUGUUUUAUGUUUCUCGUACGUUUGCCUGUCUGUUUUGUUUUGUUUUUGUUUUUGUUUUCAUUUCGUUUUGGUUCUUGUUUCAGCUGUUGAAUAUACCACCAAGCUGCAGCGGGAGAGACAAACCAUGCAGGAAGAAGCUGACCUGCUCAGAAAACAGAUCCAGGAGCUAAAUGCAUCAAUAAGGUGAGUGUUUAUAUGGGAACAUGUGAUGAAGUAUUAAGCCGGUUUUUCCAAGCAAAGCAAGCACAAACGCAAGCUUAACAUUUACAAUUUGUGAAAACGCCCCCGACGCAAGCACAAGACAAAAGAAAAGUUCUGAUCCUUGUACUUCCGUCGAGGCCGUUUUCACGGUGAAAGAAGAGCUGUUGUCUUUGCAUUUGUGCUUGCGCUUGCACCCAUGCUUGCGUUGCUAAUGAAAACCAAGGAUUUUCUGUAUAAUCACCUCAUGCACGGUAAGGUAACACUGUUAUAAUGAUAAAAUUAAAAUAUCAAUAGAAAGCCAACUCAGUUCUGCGUUUAGUUCCCAGGCGUUUUAAAUUUUUUAGAACCCCAGUUUACAAGGGGGAGUCUAUUGUUUGGCAUUGAGAAUGGGUUUUGGUGUAUUUCCUUCGCAGUAUGUGUCAACAACAGCUUCCGGCCACAGGAGUACCAGUUGCAAGACAGGUAAAUGCCUAUGAUACAUUUAAUGAGUCGUCGAGCUCGUUUGAUGUAUCAAGUUAAUGUUUACUUGUUUCAAGCUCCUAGUUAGUCUGCGGCAGUAUCGUGCCUUUUUUUUUUUGUAUCGUUGUCCUUAAAUAAACUUAUUGUCGCUUAAUUUAGCCCUAGUUGUAUAACUUAAUGAGUUUAAAUCGCAGCAGAUGUCACUACUACACAACUCUCAAGGCGCGUUCUUCUCUAAUCUGUAUCUACACAAUCAGAACAAUAGCAACAAGGUAGUUCCUGGAGGAAAUUAAUUUUCAAAGUAUAUGGGAAAGAUAUUCAAACUGCCUCAUCCCUACCCCUUUUUUGAUAAUUAGAAUUGAGAUUACUUUUUGGACGAUCCAAAAUACCUCAUAAUGAUCAAUUUCGGAUGGAAUUUUCUCAGUGUCUCUUAAAGUGAGAGUUACUUAGCUAGGGUAUGUUGAAUGUACUGACUCCAUUACUCAUACCUCAUUACUGAGAUGCUAGCGUUAAAUUAUUACGUUUUUCUUUGACAGCGUGUUGAUCAAAUGUGGUCCAUGUUUAAUCAGUACGUAAAGACACGAACGCAAGACAACUUCAAGUUCUGGAUAGUAUCCUUUUAAGACGAUUGUCCUUCUCUCUUUAUUCUUUUCUUUCCCUAUUUUUCCGGUUAUGUGCACAGAGUACAGGAGCUCAAUGAUGCGGUGGAGCAGAUUAAGUUCCUAGUCACAUCGAUGAGUAGUGCAUGGUAAAUCCCGUGGACUCUUCGCAUGCCUGAAUGUUUAAAUAUAACUCAGUUACCUCCUUCUUCACACGCGAUGCUUGCCUCUAUUCUAAAGUUUCAAAAAAUUAAACUGAAGUUUUCUCUGCCAAAGUUUUAAGACUCUUUCUCGUCUGUGUGGCUUUGCGCGCCUGACCUUUCAUUUUAAUUUGAUGCGGUUCAGACGUUGAAUUAUGUGUUCUGAUUGGCUCUUAUUUCGCUGUUAAGAAUUUUCAACUACGCGAUGCUCUUGCAAUACCGUGGUUUGACAAAGAGUCUUGAAAGUUUGUUUCAGAAUAAAAUAUUUUAAAUCGCCCGUCGAAAGCUCGAGUUAUGUGUAUUUACUUGUUUUCGCUAAUUUUAUAACAAAAUAUUCACAUCUUUAACUCAUCGUUCAGUUCAGCGUACUGAUGCGUCAUCUGUUUGAAGAGUAUAAUAACACGGUGUCUACAGCCAGUGUGGAAGACUUCUGUAGAACAGUUAUUGGGUGGCUUGAACAGCACUGUUCUUUACCCGCACUGAGACCUGGUAAGUAUUGUAUCGUAACUGUUUCCCUAUCUACUACCUCUGAAGCCUACGAACAGGCCCUCAUUAUCAGCGGUUCAGCAGGUGCGUUCUUCGCCCGCGGUAAAAUCAUGAGGCCUUAAGCUAUGGAAGACGGCGAGAGGUCUACAAUGGGAUCUGGCACUGACAAAGUGCCAGACUCCUGGCAAACCUCUCCCCCACUCGUCUCAAGGCCUCCGCGGGCGAAGAAACGUGCGUCGUGUGACGCAAAUAACGAGGGCCUGCCCGCGAAGAAAAGUACUGUGUGACUACCCUCGUGUAUGAUGUGAGAAGUCACACAAAGAAGCCUAAGACGAGUUCAUGUGGCAGUUCUUUGGUGUACCACAUGGUAAAUCGUCCGGUAGCUUGGCUUAGUCAAUCAAUAUGGCUGAUAUUGACCUCGGUUCCAAAACAGAACCUAGCAAAUGACCAACCUUAUUGACCUCAAGCUGGGUCAAUAACGCACGUAUAUUUAUCCGUUCUCAGCGGCAUUGUCCUCGUUACGCGACCUCAGUAAAGCUACGUCGAUCUUGUCAGACCCGUCGAAAGUUCCUGAGCAGGCGCUGAGAGCUACAGCCAACAGGGAUCCUACAGACCUGUCCGCCAUGAUGGCUCCUCCAGGUGCCAAUGGUGGGGUUCGAAAUGGUGGGGCAGCGGCCGGCUACAGUUGAGAAGGACCUAGACACAUUGUCCCUAGUAAAUAAUGUUCCUUUAGUCUCUGCAAGUGGCAUCUCAACAUUGUUUGUAAAAUUAAUCGGCGAGGCUUUCCAUUGACGCUUCUACGAUUCAGAAGGAAACUUCCUUGGUUUAGACACUCACUUCUAACCGGCAGCCACUCAGUUUAUUGCACAACAUCUUUUUAAAAAGAUUUAUGCACUGUGUGGAGAAACUUUUUACGCCAUUCUGUACAUAGUAUUCCCUCUAGGAGACGACCUGCCAAACACGUGACCUGUUAUUGGUCACACUUUGCAUCGGUCUACAUGACCCUGGAAGCCAGGACUCAACUCGAUCCUUUCGAGUAAGGAACAAAAAAAGAUUACAAAAAUGUACCAGGAAACAUUUUGAAGUGAAACGGACAUGGUACAGAAAGAGCACAGGAAAAUUUGCGUGUUUGCGAAUACGUUUAUAGAUGCGCUUUUUUGGCAUAUGAAUGAUGCUGUAUAUUUAGUGUGAGAAGUAACGCAGGGGUAUAAUAUUGGUGAGAAAUCGGCCAAUAUGAAAGAGGUUCUUUUUCCAAGCAUGACGUAAUUUUGUUGCUAAUUGAAAUAUGAGUGAUCAAGAGAUAAAUGUCAUGAUUCCUGUAAGUGAAGUCGUAGUUUGUCUUCAAAGAUAAAAAAAAAUACAUAACCUAUAAAUAAACGAAAUGUUGUGUUCAAAACCUGUUAAAGGUCAUUAUUUUCAGAUCUAACUGUUCCUAAUUCCAACACUAGCUAAUAAUAUCCAUAUCUGUACUAGAGACAAAAGUAUAACUUGUACUAUAAGCUGUUGUCGUCAAAUGACUUUUCCUAUAAUAAGCGAAUACAUUCGACUGCAUCUCUUUGAUAAGCUGAUACUUCCCAAUUCUCUUAUCCAAACUGUCGCUUUUGUAUGCCAUUCUCAACUCUCAGUCCCAGGAGUCUUUCAGUGUUAAGUUUAGGAGGAGGUCUGGAGUCUAGUUUGGCUUGGUUCCUAUUCAAGCCUUACUGCUUCUAUAUUGAUCCAUAAGUUAUCCUGCCAUCUCUAUGGUAUGUACGUCAUGUUUUUAGUUUAAAGUGUAACGACUGGAUUUGCCUUGUACAUUGUAUUUUGCCCCUGUGUUAGUGGUGGGCAGUUGCCCAGAUACUGAUAUUGACGUUAGGCGAACAGUUAGAUCGCUUGACUAAGGCUGAUUAAUCCUUAGAGAAUUUAUAAUGUAGGUAAAUACUAAUAGAAUUUUAAUAGUUCUCUAUGUAGCACUGUAAAUGUAAGUUUUUGAGUGAUAAUUCUUUGUACAUAGGGUAACUUGUUUCAAUCACGUCGACGUUUGCCGAUCAUCUGAGCAAAAGGAAGGACUCCAUAAAUUAACUCAUUAAACUUUCGUGAAGGGCUGUAUUCAACAUGUAAACUGCAGUUCACAAUCUCAAAUCUGUAUUUGUUUUAUAGUCUAUUACGAGAAUACCUCUGUUUGUUCAAUUAUCCAGGUGUAACUAUAUUGUCCAAUGUUUGGCCUCUGUUUAGCUUUGUCACUAAAUUAGCAGUUUUAUACUGAGGAUAUGGUGCAAAUUCAAUUUGCAGUGAGCUGUAAGGUGGAAAAAGGAUUUUUUGCAAAAAUAAACUGCUUUUUUACAACAACCUCUUAAAUAUAUUUCGUUGUCGCUUUUUUAUUUUUAAGUGAAAUUUGGCAAACCGGUAAUGGCUCAUGGUUUCAUCAGACUUACUGAGUCUGAUUUAUGAAAGCGUCACACAUAAUUUUCUUUGAGAGCGCUUUUUGAUUGAGGUUCGUAACAUUUAAGUAAGCACAAUGGCCGUAGAAAAAAUAAAAUGCUUUGAGAGCCAGUGAGAACUCUAAGUACAAUCAACUAAACACCCUAAGGCGCGGAAAAACGUGGGUGGCCUUGUCGUGAUUGGUAGUAGUUUUACAUGUGAUUGGUUAAGAAAGUGG